UCAGCAGCACAGAACAGAGAGAGAGAGAGAGACAUCAGAACCAGCUUUCAUACUGAAACAGUCGACAAAAAGAUGAAGAUGCCACAGCUUCUCAUCCUCCUGAUGACCAUUUUGGUGCACGCAGCAACCGCUUUCCCCACGGACAGAAGAGCUCUGCUGAUCCAGGACAAACAUGCCUCCUGGGACGACGUGAACGUGGUGGCUCACGGCCUCCUGCAGCUGGGCCAGGGUCUGAAGGAGCACGUGGACAAGACCAAAGCCCAGAUGAGAGACAUCAAUGCCAAACUGAAGGCCUUCAACGGCACAGUGGCUGGCCUGGAGAGGAGGCAGCAGGAGCAAGAUGAAGCUCUGAAGGCAAGAAGCAAAGAGGAGGAGGAGGAGGAGAGGGAGAGGCUGGCCGAGGAGGUGAAGAGACAGAGCGAGGGCAUCCACACCAGGAUGGACAGACUGGAGGAGAAGGUGGAUGAGGUGCUUAAAGAGCCGACACUGACAAGCAAUAACAGCGAAAACACAAGAGUCUCAUUUAUCCAGAGACUGGUAGCAGCUCAGAACAGACGCAUUGACCAGCUGGUGGAGAAAAUCACACAGCAACAGGACAAACUGGAGAAACAAAGUCUGUACCUGCAAACACUGCAGAGCAAGGUCGCACACAAGAGAGUAAAAUCACACCGACGGAGAGAUGAGGAGACGGCACAGAUGGGAGAGCCAGCAGAGCACAGCAAAGACGCAUCAGGUUUGGCCAGAGACUGUCAUGACCUGUUUAUCCGCGGGCAGCGAGCCAGCGGCGUCUACAUGAUCCAACCAGAGAGCUCCAAGCCCUUUAACGUCCUCUGUGAAAUGACUUCAGAAGGUGGAUGGACUGUUAUCCAGAAACGUCAUGAUGGAUCCCAGAACUUCAACCAGCUGUGGGAAAGCUAUAAGAAAGGAUUCGGCAACCUGAAUGGUGAGUUUUGGUUGGGCUUGGAGAACAUGCACUCUCUCUCCAAACAAGGCCAGUACGUCCUGCAGGUGGAGCUCUCUGAUUGGGCAGGAGAGCAGCAACAGGAGGCUCGGUAUCGACUCCAACUUGACGGAGAAGAGAAGAAGUUCGCUCUCCACCUGGAAUCUUCAUCUGGGGUUCAGGAGAAACUAUUGACAACCGGAGAAUCUGGUCUUCCUUUUUCCACAGUCGACAGAGACAACGACCUCGCUGUAGAUGUCAACUGUGCUGAACUGCUCUCAGGUGGUUGGUGGUUCAGUAGCUGUGGUGAGUCAAACCUUAAUGGUAAAUAUCCCAGAAGGCCGAGCUUGCUCAGGGGACAGCAGUCCAGAAGACAAGGGAUGUUUUGGACGUCCACAAAGGGACAAAUCAACUCUGUAAAGACCACUCUUCUGAAAAUCGCACCCACCACAAUAGAGCAAUAAGCAGAUCAGUCUGUCUCAAACAGCAAAGGACCAAAGAA